GGCGCUGUUCAGCCAUUUUCUUUGCGAUUUUUUUGGGACCUUUAAAAUAUCAAAUUUUUCACCAGGCCUGACAAGUUUUCAAAAUAUUGUGAGUUUUGGGGUAUGUUAAGGUCCCCAAAAAGCCAUUCAUUUCGCGCACGGAAUAAUAAAUAAAGAAUAAUAAUAAUCGGAGCAAAAACAAGAGGCCUUCGCAGCGCUUUCGCUGCUCGGGCCUAAAAAUCUCUGCCUCUGCCAGCUGCAGUAAAUGUAGUCUCCAAAUUAUAAAUAUGAGGUGCACUCAUCUGUGUAUCUCCUUUGAUCCGCAUUAGUGAUAUUCUCAGCACCAGAACAGCAAAGCAAAGAAACAGAUUCCUGAGUUUGUUAGUGGUUUUAUUUAUUAGGUGCAUCUGACCUGUUCUAUUUUUCUCUGAAAUGAGAUCAAAUCAGUUCUUCUAUGGGUUGUCUCCUCUCUGCACUGGAAAAUUUUACUUUAUUUAGAGACGUGUCAUAAGGUCUAUAGCGCUUGGGUCAUAAACUAUGAGCUAAAAGUAUAUUGGUCUUUUUUAUACUGGGAAUUAGGAGUUAUUUUAGUGAUCAUCUUGUUUCUUAUUUAUUUUUGUCCUGAUUGUGCCCUGAGCAAUUUUAUGACCGAAUAAAAACAAAUAAAAUCAACAUUAAUUGAAAAAUUGUCUUAAAUAAUCGAGAUCUCAAUUUCAGUCACAAUAAUCGUGAUUAUUAUUUUUGCCAUAAUCGAGCAGCCCUAGUUUUGAGGCUUUUAACCCCUGAAAUGCCAGUUGGAAUACUCAAAGUCACUGAUGUAAUUUAUGAAAAAAAUAAAAAUAAAAAAACACUAAAACUGAGUUAUUUUCUAAAAAAAUACUUUUUUAUUUUUUGCCUGGGGUGUUUAGUACAAAUCAAUCUAGAUUAUGUUAUGAAAUAUCUAAAAUUUUGAAUUUUUUGCACUUAAUGGUUUUUAUAUAGCGACAGAUUUAAAAUUUACUAUACACUCGAGCCAUUAGAGGACAAAAACAUCCACUUUUAAAACAGCUUUAAAAAUGGUCCAGAUUAGGGCUGGGCGAUAUGGACCAAAACUUAUAUCUCGAUAUCUUUUAGCUGAAUUCCGAUACACGAUGUAUCUCAAUAUUUUUCCUCCUAACCCAAAAAAGUAUUGACUCAUAUCAGCGAUUAUACUGUAAUGACUCAGAGUCUCUGGUUGCUCAUUUAUGAGUAUUAUUUUCGGGCUACUGUCGCCUUACAAAGUCUUAACUUUUCUCUACAGAAUCGCUCGUAACGGAGUAUUUACUAGCAUAGCAAACCAGGGCGGAAAAAACCGGAACAUUUCUCACCCGUUGAGCUCGCCUUCAAAAUAAAACAGUAACCCUGUAGUUUACUAUUCAAACCCUUACAAUAUAUUUGAGGUAAUUUGGCCACUCCAGCUUUCCGUAGUUGGUUCUUCAUUACACAGGGGAGGGAGGGGUUUGGCUCAUCUCUCCGCACAAGCAGGAUGGAAAACCGAACUCCGUUGACGUUGAACGUCUCCAAAUAAUUAAAAACCAGGACGCCAAAUGCGAAGUUUAGAGCAGCACAUUUAGCGAGAAGGUUCUGGCUGCGGCCACUGUGGAGCUCCACCGUAACCGGAUACACGUGACCUCCACAGUAGCCGGAAGCACGUGACCUCCACAGUAGCCAUAAACACUCAUGGAUACCGCGGAUGUCUUACAAGUUGAUCGCAAAGGAAUCUUGCAGUGAAGCUCAUUCCCGGGCAGUGGUCAGAAAAAGAGCUUUGACUUGAAGGGUUUUCCAAGCCAAAACUACGGAGUUGACUGUGGGAUCUUCAUGCUGAUAUCUGCUCUGUACGUGGCACUGGAUGCACCAUUUGACUAUACUAUAUCAGACAUGCCCUACUUGCGUAAAUGGUGGUGCUUGCUGUUGAUGGAGAACUUUGAUCUCAGGAGCUCUGGCGAGCUAUUUGCACACUGGGGGGAGGAAGCCAAAGCUGUGCUUGAAGGACAACACGUGCCCAUUUUCAGACUGAAAAAGCGCAAGUUCCAGGAAGUCAGUCAGGAGCCAGCAGUUGUUGAAGAUCUGCGUCCUGCUGUGCAGUGGGUUGUCCAAAAUAAGGCACUUUUCCGUGGACUCGUAACAACGCCAACAUAUCUGUCCUUAAAUCAAGGGGACCAGCAGAGGGUCUUAAGAGACAUGUCAGAGGAAGAAGACACUGGAGCAAGGGACAUGUUCCUCUUUGUUUUUCAGUUUGCAGAGGACAUGGAGCUCUUUUUGAAAGCAUGUGCUGAUGAGCAGGGACUAAAGCCUGGUUCAUGCUUCUCCGUCAGCUCCGCAAGGGACAGACACGCACGGACUGACGGAGACAUUUUGCUCUCAUACUUCUCCGUCUCCUGGGGAGUGUUGCAAAGCAAUUGCCCGGCAGGACAGCAGAGGGCGUAGCGCUGUUCUGUGGUAUCCUGUCUUGUAUCGGUCCAGGGUCGUGUGUUUAUAUCGUGUUUUUUGUGUAUAUAAGAGACUUUUAACACGGACAUAUUUGUCUCUCAUCCUCCUCCACCUCUUCAUGCGCUCUCUACCCCUAAACCCACGUUUCCUGUCAUUUCCGUCCACAAAUAAAACGCUUGCUGCGCAUCUUUUCACUCCUCCAGUCACAGGAGGAUGAAACGUUCAUAUUUUUAGAGUUUUUUUGCGAGGUAUUCUUCAAGCUUCCCUGUGUCUGCCGCUAGUUAUCCUCGGCUCUCUUUGCAAUGGCGGCGCUGUAAACAACAGCGGCGUCCUGACCAAUCACAAGCUUGCGUAAUCUGUCUCGUUCGACGGGUGUUUAAAACAGUGGGCUCGACUCCGUACGUACUUGCGUGCCUGCCGGAGCCCUACGCAGGGACGGAUAAUGGCGUUGCGUGUCUCCGCAAUGACGCAGACGGAGAAGCAUAAAUCAGGCUUUAGGGUCAGUGCUAUGUUUGACAUGUAAUGGACAAAUGAAGGCACUGACUGUGUUUGUUUGUUUGUUUAUGUAGCGUUAUGAAUAUCCUAUUGUCUGCCCUUAACAGCUGCCCCUUCACACAGUAACAGGGUGCAUGAAUGAACAAGGUCGGGUGCUUGUUUCUAAAUGUUUACAUUCCAGGAAAGAAGACAGAAGAAGGAAGAAGAACGCUUUUCAUUAAUUAAUCAAAGACCUUUGUUUGUAAUAAAGCUAAUCAAAACAUAUGUUGAUCAGUAAUAAUCAGGUGACUGAUCUGUGAAAUCAAAAUGUCAGGAUUUAUGUGUUUAUUGAAUAACAGGAGGACUAACUAUGCCAGACAUUCUUACUCACAUAAGGUAAACACGUGAAACACGUGACACAUUGUUCGCUCAUUCCAGUCAGAACCUCCUUCUGUUGCGGGGCAGAGUUCUGGAGUGUUUACUGAAAUUGCCCACUCCGAUUUGCUAAGAUUUAUAAACAACUAAGUUAAUAAAAACAGAGCAACGCCAUUUUAAGUUCAGUUCCAUCUGAGUUUCCACCUCAGCCUCAUCGGAGUUACAUCAUAGACUCAACGUAGUUUCAACCAGCUCUCACAUCAUCAUCUCUAACGGAUUUACAGCCCGGCCAGCUGUAUCUUUAAGCUGAGAACUGUCAAGCUGGAAAAUCUGUCGUUUGAACAACAAGACGACGGUUCCUUCAAAAUAAAAGCUGAACGCGCUGAGAGCUGUCGCUACUGCCGGAGCUAUCCGUAGACUGGUUUGUCGUGCUCCAGAAGCUGUACCAUCAGUCCGAGCACCGAAGGAAGGUCCGAGUCGACCUGGCAUUCCGGAUCUGAACGCGGGAGACUCCAUACGGUACGUAGACACGGCACAAGAUAGCGUUUCAUGUCAUGAGCUUCUGAAGCCUCGUGGCUCCUAGUCAAAACAUCUGACACCAGAUCCGCCUGCCUCAGCUGGAGAUCCUGAACACACACACACACACACUUCAACAUUCAAAUCCAUACGCAUCCAUCAUAAGGAGUUAGUCCUGGAAUUGUUUGAAUUUAUAAUUAUAGAAAUUAAAGAUUCUUAAACGAU